AUUAGUUUGAUAUUAACAUGUGUCGCACAAUACUUUUUCUACUCAGAAUAAAAAAGUACACACACCACACGGUUGUGGCGAUCGCAAAACAUUGGAUGCGCCAAACACUGGAUUAAAAUUGUUAAUAUCGUGUUAAUAUUUAGCUUAAACCUAGCUGAUUAUCAGAUCAGAAAUGUCUGAAACAAGCUGUAGAUUGUGCUUGGGAGAAGUGCAUCCGGAUGAUAGAGGUUCUUCCAUACGGGAGGUUUUAUUCCGGAGUGCGAUCAAUCGCGUGUUUUCAUUCGAGAUAAAGCAUGACGAUGGUUUGCCCAUAUACACGUGUAACGAUUGUUCGCAGCAGGUAUGGGACUUCAACAGUUACAGCCAGCUGGUGCAACGGAAUCAAAACACAUUGGAGCAAACACAUUUGCAGGAGAGCAAACCAUUAAAUGCAACCGAAAGUACGGUAUUGUAUCCGAUCGAUCCGGAUAAAAUUAAGAAGGAAACUGGAAUUACAAACGAGGAGAGCGAAAACUCCGUUACGGUACCUGAACAGCUGCCUGAAGGUUGUGGAUUGCUGGCAGCUAUUAAAACGGAACCCACCGAUUGUGAUGAGCAGGUGGAACCUGUCCUGACACAUGACGUUGUAAAAUGUGAGUUCAAUUUUAGCGAUACGGAAGAAAACACACAAGUAGAUCGGGGUGCAGAUCGUGACGCCGUUUCCGAAACGGCGGCAAAGGAUGAAACAGUCGACAAUAACGAAAGCGAAAGUGAUCUCGACGGUGAUAGUAACGACGAUGAAGCUAGCAAUACACAACGCGAGGAGUCAAUAACGAGUGCGAAUUGUAAAAACUUGAUCGAAAAGAUGAGAGAACGCAUCAGGGAACGGAUCGCCGCAAAUAAAGUCGUCUUUCGGUGUGAACUGUGCGACAGAUCAUACCCGAACGAGCGGUACUUGAAAACACACAACGCCGUAGUACACGCACCGUACGUACGAAGAAAGCUUUGGUUUCCGUGCAAUCUGUGCAAUCGAUCGUUUUCCCACCAAACACUGCUGGCUGAGCAUCGUAAAACUCAUGCAGCGGGAACAGGUGGUACAGCGAAGGGUAAAGUAUCGGAGGCAGAAUCCACGGAUGGGUCCGAACCGGCCCCGGAUGCAUACUCGUUUCGUUGCAACGAAUGUUGCAAAACAUUUACAUGCCACAAAAGCUUACAAACGCACACGGAUGUAAUGCAUCCGUUCAUGGUACGGGAACCCCAAACGUAUUCGUGCGAUCAGUGCGAUCGAACGUUUGACGAGUGCCGAAAACUGACCAAACAUCGGCGAAAGCACAAGUUUCAACAGUGUCCCGUGUGUAUGAAGCAACUGUUGAAACAAAACAUCGGUACACACAUACUGGCCCAUCAGGGUGUGUUCCGUUGCGACGUGUGCGGCAAAGCACUGUCGUGUAAGAAAAGUUUAAAACGUCACCUCGAAACAAUACACGCCAGCCCUGCCGAUCGCAUUAAUCAUAAAUAUAUGUGCAGCUUGUGUCCGCGCAAGUUUUACCACAUUGCCCACCUGCAGAACCACCGCCAGUAUCAUAUCAUGCAGAAGUGUCCACUUUGUGACAAACAGGUAAGAAAAAGCCAUCUGUACGAACAUGUGGCCGCGCAUAAAGGUGCGUAUCGGUGUAAACCGUGCGAUAAGUUGUACACAUCCAAGUUGGGGUUAAAGAUACAUGAAAAACAGAAACAUGGUGCAGGUGUGUAAAAGUGCAUCGCGAUCAACGGUUGUGGUCGUGUGAUCAUUUAAAAAUGCUAAUGUAAUUUCAUUGAUAGGGACAUUUCUCUAGACUGGCUAGUCUAUUGCUUAUUUCCGUGUCCUUUUCUUAGGAUCGUUUCUUUCUGGCAAUAAUGAACAAUAAUCCUACCUCAAAAACUCUCCAUAAUAAUAAUUACAGUCUAAGUGGAAGUCAGGUAAGCUUUUAAGUAAUUUUACCCUUUAAAUAUCGUAAACUUGCAUGGAAAAUACCAAACAUACACACACAUACAAUAGUUAAGUGCAAUCGAACAAAUUGUAGCUUUUAAAAAUAAUAUUAUGAUUUUAAUUAGCAAAAUAGAAAAUAAAGGAAAAUUAAUUUUUAAGAAUCAAUUUCUUGUGCUAAAGUGAAUUUAAAAAUUGUAAUUCUCUUCCAUAUGAGAACUUGUACUGCAAUCUUCAAAGAAAUAAACUAAACUAAGUUGAAACGAAACGAAAUGGUUAAAUUAUUUUAAAAGAUUAUAAAGUUUUAUGAAUGCUUUGUAUUAAGAUUUAAAAAUGCAAAACAUACAUGUGUAGGAAGUCUUUGAAAUAAAA